GACUGAGCAAAGUUUUCCUCAAUUGCAGCCAGAGCUGUGCAGAGGCCAGCGAAGCGGCAGGAUGAACUUAGGCUCCGACCCCGUGGUCAUCGUCUCUGCGGCGCGGACCGCCAUAGGCUCCUUCAACGGUGCCCUGUCUACUGUGCCAGUCCACGACCUCGGGACGACUGUCAUCAAAGAAGUCCUGCAGAGGGCCAAGGUGGCUCCAGAAGAGGUGUCCGAGGUCAUAUUUGGACACGUUUUGGCGGCAGGUUGUGGGCAGAACCCUACUCGACAAGCCAGUGUGGGUGCAGGGAUCCCCUACUCGGUGCCAGCAUGGAGCUGCCAGAUGAUCUGUGGCUCAGGCCUCAAGGCCGUGUGCCUGGCAGCCCAGUCCAUAGCCAUAGGCGACUCCAGCAUCGUGGUUGCAGGAGGCAUGGAGAACAUGAGCAAGGCCCCUCACCUGGCUCACCUGAGAGCAGGAGUCAAGAUGGGUGAGCUGCCACUGGCUGACAGCAUCCUCUGCGAUGGUCUCACAGAUGCGUUCCACAACUAUCAUAUGGGCAUCACAGCUGAGAAUGUAGCCAAGAAAUGGCAAGUGAGUAGAGAAGCCCAGGACCAGGCUGCAGUUGUGUCCCAGAACAGGGCAGAGCAUGCCCAGAAAGCUGGCCACUUUGACAAGGAGAUUGUGCCAGUGUUGGUGUCUUCCAGGAAAGGUCCUACUGAAGUGAAAAUUGAUGAGUUUCCUCGCCAUGGGAGUAACAUGGAAGCCAUGGGCAAGCUAAAGCCUUACUUUCUUUCUGAUGGGACAGGAACAGUCACAUCUGCCAAUGCAACAGGGAUGAACGAUGGUGCCGCUGCUGUGGUCCUUAUGAAGAAGACGCAAGCCGAGAGACGGAUGCUGAGACCUUUAGCAAGAAUAGUUUCCUGGUCCCAAGCUGGCGUGGAACCUUCCAUUAUGGGAGUAGGACCAAUUCCAGCCAUAAAGCAAGCUGUUGCAAAAGCGGGCUGGACCUUGGCAGAUGUUGACCUGUUUGAAAUCAAUGAAGCCUACGCAGCUCUCUCUGUUGCAAUAGCCAAAGAGCUCGGAUUAAACCCCGAGAAGGUCAACACGGAUGGAGGAGCCAUCGCCUUGGGCCAUCCUCUGGGAGCGUCUGGCUGUAGGAUCCUAGUGACCUUGUUGCACAGCCUUGAGAGGACGGGUGGGACUCGUGGGGUGGCAGCCCUGUGCAUUGGGGGUGGCAUGGGGAUAGCAGUGUGUGUUCAGAGGGGAUGACCUGCCUGGCAGCCA